AAUCCAUGGGCUCAUGUCGGGGCGUGCGCGUCAUGGCCGUGUCGUACAGGGCCAGUUGAACGCACCUAUUCUAUUAUACCUAUAGUAAAUUGGUAUGAGUUAUGAAGUCUGUCAUCAUGAGGCGUUCCAAGCAUUCCGGUGCAGUGUAGGGCAGGCUUGCCGUGGAUGGUUCUUAGUCAUAUUCUGCCGAAAAGAUCCAAGGACUUCAAAAUCACCUUUAAACCAUUUAUUAUUGAGACGAAAAAGGGCGACAGAUCAACAUCGCCUGUGCCUGGAGAAUUCAGCGACUGUGCUACACUCACAUUCGCCCAAUGUUGCGCCUCUUUUUUCAAGGUCGAUAGAUGGACGCAUCAUCGCCCCAAGCAACUAGCAGGACCGCAUUCGCCUUGGAACCCAUACCGGCCACAAUAAUCGCAUCUAACGAGAUCAAACGGCGCGAUGUCAAUAUCGACGCCGGUCGCCUCUACGUUGGAUGCUCCGAAAUAGACAAUCAAGUCCUUCUAGGCGGCUUCGAUCGUGGUGCAGUGGUCGGUGUGAGCUCCGAAGUUGAGUCCUUUGCCGGGAAACUCGCGCUGCAGACUCUCGCCAGAGGUCUGCAUGAUGGCGCACUCCACAAUGCGCUCAUCAUCACGCCACGACCACGGGCAGAGGUCCUCCUGGCACUACGCGACGCCCUCGCUGCGGCCUUGGGUACGAUGACCGAUGCCAACGCGAGAAAAGAGGCGAUCAGAGGCUACAUGGACAAAAUUCAGCUAGCUGGUGUGUUUGAUAUGGACGGGGCCUGGGAGGUCCUCGCGGAGCUGGACAGGCCAACACCACCGCCGGCGGCUCCCACGCCAGAGAUAGGCGACAGCCAAGACGACGACAAAGGUGGUGACGAAGGCGCUUCCAGCUCGGACAGGAGCCCGGACAUGAUCAUCAUCACGCACACCGGUGUCCUGCUCACCUCUCUCUUCACACAUCGCUCCUCCUCGGCCGCCCACUCCACCUGGCAACUCCUCUCGUCCCAUCUGCGCUACCUCUCACGCACGCUGCCGUCGUCGCCGCUCAUCUUCCUCCUCAAUUCGACGUCUUCCCCCGAGGUGGAGCGACGCGCGCACCACGCACAGCCGGCACAGCUCGACCAGACCCUGCGGAGCGUCUUCAACCCGCCCACGAUACCGGGGUACAGCACCCUGCUGGCGAGGCGGAACAAGCCGACUUUUGGCCUGGUGUUUGCGCAGAUGCUCGAUCUACACGUCUUGUGCACAAAUGUGCCGCGGACGGCGGCUGACGUGGAGAGGGGACCGAACGGCAGUACCGUGACGAUCGUGGAAGUGCUGCUUGACGACAUGGGCGUGUGGGAGAAGGGGAGGGAUGGUAAAGGUCGGGAUCACAGGGAGCAGAGAUGGGGCGCUGUCGACCUCAAGGACGGACACCUGGUGAACGCCUUUCCCCAGCGCGAAGAAAAGAUAUAUGGUGAUCUCAGGUUAGCUGCGGGCUUUGGAGGUCCACGAGUGUGAAGAGUACCAUUCAUUGACACCACAGAAGUUUCAUCCAUCAGAUCUCUUCCGUACUCACUAUGCAUGCCGCAGUAUGCCAUCAAAUUAGAAGUGCCCUUCAUACGUCUGUCAACGCUAAUCCUCCUAACAAGUACAAUGCCCUAUUUCCAUCGCCUCUACCACACGCACGCUCUCGUGAUCAUUAAACAGGCGUCUAUCUAGCCUUACGGCUCCGUUCUAUCGUGAACCAGCGCAAACGGCCCCGGACCCUAAGAUUGUUCGAGAGGCCAGGCGAUAUUGGCUCUCUGUCGCAUUGGGCUAAGCAUCGCUAAGCGCGGCGGCGGUG